AUGUCGGAUUCUUCUGGAGAUGAGUUCGCCACAUUUGAUCCCACAACUCCAGCUCGAAUCGUCACGGCCAGGAAGUCGGCUGCACGCCCUCCACCAACGAACAACAGGCUUUCGGCAGGUUCUUCGAGCAAAUCACAGACCGUGCCAUCGAAACGCCCUGCCCCGACGCGGCACAGCAAUGCCACCCACGAAUCAAUCGUGAUAGAGUCAUCUGGCGAUGAAGUGGGUGUUACCGGUGGUGGUGAGAACGAUGCAGUAGGUACAGCUCCCCAAACAUCCAGGCCGACCGCCAAGAAUAGGGCAACAAAGUCCUCCAAUGCGAAGGGUAAGGCCAGGGCCGACGCUCCUGGUCCUUCGAGGAGUGCUCCUGGCACCAUAUCAGGAUCACCUAUAGAACUGGGUGAUGCUCUAUCCCAUGGCGAUCAGCCUGAAGAUCCCCCAAACGGACGAGUGUCUCGUGCGAAAAACGACAGCAAGUCUAGAUCUAAUCCCUCGUUGAGUCGACCAUCACGGGAACAAGAAAAUCUCAGAUACGAGCUCGAAUCCCUCCGUAGACAAUUAGAGAAUGUUACCUCUGAAAGGGAUAAAUAUGCGCAGCAACUUGAGGAGUUAUUUCAGAUACGACAAACAGAGCCGGAGCAGGCAUUUGAACAACUGAAAGUACAAUUUGAAGCACGUUUCAAAACUCAGGAAACCAUUAUCGACGAACUCACGUCACAACUGGCAAACACAAAGGCUCUCGGAAGCACAGGCAAGUCGGCUGUGCUUCAUUUCCUCACCCGCGAAGCGGCAGAUGAGGAAAAGGAAGCUGUGCAGAAGGAGGUCGCGCGAUGGAAGGAGGUAGUCAAAGAGAGAGAUGUCAAACUGGCGCAGAAGGACAAGCACAUAAGCGAACUGGAAAAUCAAGAAAAACUAUUGCGUUCCGACCUAGCUGCAGAAGUUGAACGGGGCAGAGUUUUGUCUUCCCGAAGCCAGGCGCCCGUGAUUCGCUCCAACACAGCCGAAGAUCCUAGAAAUGCAUUCGUCGUGCGAUUGUAUGAAGACAUGACCAAUCUUCUCGUUGUCUCGGUGAAGAUGGAAAAGAGUACAUUUCUGGGGCUUGACGAGCCUAAUUUCACAUGUGUCUAUACACAUAAGGAACCCUCUUCAGAUCGGCCUGCCACCAGUCUGAACUUUAACUUGCGGCAGAUAUACGACAAACAAGAAAAUUGGGACGACUCUAAGCCCAUCACGAAAGAGGAUUUGAUAAAGCGGGUCAAAUUCCAACCACGAGAUCUGCAAAACGAGCCGCAAGAAUUUGUACAGAACCUGGACUUCUUCCAGGAGCCGUUUGUAUUCAUUCAAGACCAGCUACCUGUGUUCCUCAAGACUCUCACGGAAAAGAUAACGGACAUCGUACAAGGUAAUACUGAGGAAUCAGACGACGAAAAAGAUCAGCUGGAGAAUGACGUGAUCGAAAUCGACGGUUGA